AUGGCUUCAUCUUGCGACAAGUUGCUUCAUCCAGAAUUAAUGAGCAAUGAAGAACUUUUAUUAAUUAUCGAAGAGAGACGCUUACGAGUGCCAAAUUUACAUACCAUGCAAAGAGAUAAACUAUUAUCUAUAUUUCACAACUUCUGCGUCCCUUAUGGACAACGAAAAUACAAGGACACUGGUAGAGGGAAAGUUUUAAAUAAAAAUAGAAAUAGCAGCCCAGAAUCACCUUCUAAGCUUAAUGCAGUACAAAGUAUAAACAAUUGGCAUAAUUUAAAGACAAAAAGUAAACCAGAUGAUGAGAAACUAAAUCCACCACCAGAUCUUCUGUCAGGACAUAUUAAAAGAAUAAAAUUGGAUGUUAAUUUAGUUAAAGAAAAUGAUAACUUUAAAAGAAAAGUCCCAGUUUGUCCGGAUAAUGAAGAUUGUACACCACCAAAAAAGGACAGGAAACUAAUAACUUGGCCAUAA